AUGGCAUCGUUGUUUAAAAAUGCUCUCGAACAAGUUGGACAAUCACAUAAAGUUGAUGAUGAUAUUAUUGACAGAUUUAAUCAUCGUUUUACUGUUGUUCUUCUUGUUACAUUUACUGCCUUCGUUAGUGCUAAACAAUUUGUUGGAGGACCAAUUUCAUGUUGGACUCCAGCACAGUUCUCUGACCCACAAGUAGCUUAUACGAAUAGUAUAUGUUGGCUUAAAGGUACAUAUUAUCUUGAAGUCGAUCGACAAGUAAUUCCACAUCGUACAGAAAAUUCUGAAUUUCGUAUUGCUUAUUAUCAAUUUGUUCCUUAUAUAUUACUUGUAAUGGCAUUAUUUUUCUAUUUACCUCAUAUGUUUUGGCGUAAUAUGAGUCGACGUAUUGGUUUUGAUCUUCGUUCAAUAAUUCAAAAUAUAAAACAAGUUGCAAACACAGAUAUUAAUCAAAUAGCAUUACAAAUUCAUAUAGCUCUUGAAUAUAAUUCAUCGAAACAUGUUGUUAAUCGUCAGAAAAUUUUUAAUCGUCUAUUAGAAAUAUUUCAAUGUUCACGUGGAUAUCGUAUUCGUUUAAGUUCAUUAUAUAUAUUUGUUAAAAUUUUUUAUAUGAUUAAUUGUUUAUGUCAAUUUUAUUUCCUGAGCACUCUUUUAUCAUUUCCUUUUCAUACAUUUGGUACUGAAUGGUUAUCGACUAUGUUAAAAAAAAUUCAUACGACAGCAAGUAAUGAAUCAAAAUGGUUUCCUCGUGUUGUAAUGUGUGAUUUUAUGGUACGACAUCUUGGUUCUAAUCAUCAUUGGAUGGCAGUUCAAUGUAAUUUACCGAUAAAUUUAUUUAAUGAACUUAUAUUUUUAAUUAUUUGGAUAUGGUUUAUGUUUCUUAGUAGUCUUACAUUUAUAUCACUUAUUUUAUGUUUUAUUCUUAUUUAUACGAAUAUUAGUUGUACAUUUAUUUAUAAAUAUCUUCAUAUGAAUUUAUUCAAAUCAGAAAAAGAACAACAAGAUGAAUUUAUUGAAAAAUAUUUAAAAUGUGAUGGUAUACUUGUACUUCGAAUUAUUGCUCAUAAUACAAAUGAUAUUAUCAUGGCUAAUCUUGUUGGUGCACUUUUUAAAAUUUAUUUGAAUUCGAUUGAAAAAGAGAACAAUGAUGAUGAUGAUCAAAGACAGUUGAAUGGGCAUUAUGAACGUGUUGAUAGUUCAUCAAUAUAA